GGUAAGUAGAUCGCGAACGGUAGACGAAAAGAGACGAAGCAGGGAAACACGUGGGUCCAGAAAGUCUCCAAUCAGAGUGAAGAACGUGGCACCUGGUAAUGAGAGAGAUUUUCGUCUUAAGGUCAAAUCGGCUUCAGUAACUGGCCGGAUAAACGACAGGCUGCACCAAGCUUCAAAUUUAUAUACGUCUCAGUUUGGACUACCAUCCAUAUUUCUUUCUUUCAAGCUUGGAGAGAGAGAGAGAGAGAGAGAGUUUUAGGAAGAGAAACGAUGGCACUGGGUGUGAAGGCUAUUCCAUUCACCUUUGUGGUACACGUGCUGGGAAUUGCAGGUCUGAUUUUGGUGUUGGUUUGGACCAUAGAUUUCAGAGGCGGUUUAGCAUGGGAAUCUACCAACAAGAGCCUCAUCUUCAAUAUCCAUCCUGUGCUUAUGUUGAUAGGCUUAAUCAUCAUAGGGGGUGAAGCCAUAAUCAGUUAUAAAUCACUUCCUUUGAGUAAAGAGAAGAAGAAGUUGGUACAUCUGGUGCUCCAUGCUAUUGCUCUGAUACUCGGUAUCAUCGGAGUUUAUGCUGCUUUCAAAUAUCAUAACGAGAGCUCCAUCGCUAAUCUUUACAGCUUGCAUUCCUGGCUUGGAAUUGGUAUUAUUGUCCUCUACGCUAUUCAGUGGAUAUACGGGUUCCUGGUCUUCUUCUACCCAGGAGGAUCUGGUGAGCUUAGGAGCGCCUGUAUUCCUUGGCAUGUGGUAUUUGGAUUGGUCGUGUACGUGCUGGCGGUGGGCAAUGCUUCAUUAGGGUUCUUGGAGAAGCUUACUUUCCUGGAAAAUUCUGGGGUCGCCAAGUAUGGCUCGGAGGCCUUCCUUGUCAACUUUACCGCCGUUAUCACGAUAUUGUUUGGUGCCUUUGUUGUGUUAUCUGUGCUUUCUCAGGCUCCAGCAGAAGAUGACCAUAGCUAUUCGGCUAUUUAGUGCAUGUGUCAUGUUUUUUUUUUUUUAAGCGCAUGUGUCAUGUUUUUUAGUAUUGACCGAUCGAUGCAAGGAUUUCCCAUGUGGUUUGAUUAUUAGUAAAAACGAUGCGUACUUAAAUAUAUAUAUAUAUAUAUUUAUCUGUAUUCUGUGGACAUUAAAUUGCGACCUCUAAUAAAUAAAAUGAUUAUUGUUCA